AUGGACCCGUCCGACAGCCCGUGCGUGGCCGAAGAGACCGCGGCAAGCUACAGCGCGCGCUUUCAGACGCUCUUGUCCACUCUCAACGCCUCCACUGCAUCAGUUGAGAAGACCUCUGACUUGUCUGCGCUACGAGAUUCCCUGGCUGAGCUGAGGUCGCUGACAGCGGGAGGUGCGCAAUGGUGGGUCGGAUACGAGAUGCGGCGCGCGCAAGAGGAGGUUCGUGCGGCAGCGGACGCUCUGGACGCGGCAGACAGGCGGCUUCAGCCGCGCAAAAGAUUCCAGUUUGGCAUGCGGGCGAGAAAAGCUGCAGUUCAGCCUGAUGAAGAGUCAGGGGCAGACAAGAAUGCGUUUAAGGCGGAACCGGAUAUCGCAACAUCGCCUCCCACACAUCCAUUGUCAGGCUCGAAGUGUGUGGAGAUUAACCGUGAGAGUCUGAAAGGAUCCUCUCAAGUGUUGGUUUAUCCCCGCGGCUCUGUUGAGGGGAAGGAUGUGUUGCUCCAUGAUGUAUGCGAUGCCAGAGUGGUGAUUUUGGACGUCGUAGGCGCUGUUCGCGCGAAUAACUUGAAGAACUGUGAAGUGGUGGCCAGCGCAGUGGCUGGAUCUGUCCAUGUAACCGGGGCGCGAGGAUGUAAAUUUUGGCUGGCAUGCCGGCAGGUGCGAAUCCAUGAGAGCGUAGACACGUCAUUUUAUCUCGAUGUCAAGGGAAAGCCGAUCGUAGAAAGCUGCGAAGGCGUGCGGUUUGGGGAAGGAAGAAUACAGUCGAAAGGGUCGAGGGAGUUGCUCGAAAUGGCAGGUUUAAAGGAGGAGAACAAGUGGCGCGAAGUACAGGACUUCAACUGGCUGCACGAAAGUCAAAGCCCGUAUUGGAGCUUAAUGGAGAAAGGUGGCGUCGUAGAGGUUUCGGAGGAUGGAAAUAUUAAAAUACUCGAGUAGAUAGUGUUAAAGUCGUUGUCUCCGGAAUUACCGGGACUUGCGUGGAACAGCCCCGGUCGCUUUCACUGGAGUGAAAGGUAAAGGGAUUGCUUAAUCCAUGCGGCAUCUUUUCCGGAAUAGGUGGCUAUUUCUGUAAACGAUUUGUCGAGGAGCAAUUCACAGAAGAUGAGGAGUUGAUGGAGCGGAAUAUUACGGCAAUGCGAAAGGGUGUAUGGCAUGGCCGCAAACGAAGCCGCAAGCUCUGCAUGGUCUACUCAUGCUUGGGGCGGAUUGCCUGAGCCGUGAACUUUAAGUCUUCGAAAGCAUUCUUGAUGCUUUAGAUGCAUCAAGAAUGCUUUCAAAGACGGUCUACCUCACGAGAGGUGCUGUGUGCAGUGCAUUGAUCUUGGGUAAUCGGGAUUUUUGCUACGGCCGCAAUCGGGAUCUAGUGACGCCUGUUGACAGGAGUGACAUCACUCUUCUCCCUUGCCGAUCUAGCUGGAGUCCCGAGCAGCAUUCGUCAAGCGCUUCCGUCCCCGCACGAAACCACCUUCCCCCGUCCGCACCGCCAUGCCAGCGCCGCCACCUCUCUCCCGCCGCGCGGGGCCCCGCCCCGCUCCGCCGGCGGCGCCACCCGCGAACAAUCUGCGGCAAGCGUCGGACUCGUCCGGCCCCAACGCGGGCGGCUCGCGCAAGCGCGUGCGCGAGACGCGCGCGCCCAACGCGAACGGCGUCCCGGCCGCAGAGGCCAUCAUGCGCGACGACGAUGACGAGUAUUUCGAUGUCGAUAUGGACUCCCAGGAGGCCUUUGACCAGCUCGAGUACGGCAGGCCCAACGAGGCCCCCGUCAACGACGGCCUUUUUGUCCCGUAUUACCCCCACCUGGGCAACAAGGACUUCGACGAUGAGUAGGUUCCGCCGCUUCUGUUUUUGGUCAGGGGCCUUCCUUGCACCGCCCGAAUACUGACCGACUUUUCUGCGCGUUGGGAGUAGUGACUUGAACUGAUACGGCGCAGUCGAGGACAUCGACCUGGAAGUGGAGUAUAUCAAUCCAUGCCGACUGGCGCAUAGAAGCGUACUAGUCGCUUUCAGGACUCUAUCUCAAACUUGACACCUUUUCUCCAUUUCUCGGGGAAAUUUAACUGCACCCCGUUUUGCAACUUUACGCUGACGACCUUUCUCACAACACUGGCAUUCAGCACAACAGGCGACAAUAGUAGGUGUGUUUACUGAGUUACAAAUUGUUUCGUCAUAUGGUAAAGGCGAUGAUCACGGAAGCUGUCCGCAUGCCCUGACGGCCGAUUCG